AUGGCGGGCUGGUUCACUUCAACUUCACCGCUCGAUGAGCAGAUUGAACAGGCGACCUCCUCGUCUCUCGAGGAUAUUGCCCUUAACCUAGAGAUCUCCGACCUGAUUCGAUCUAAGAGUGUGCAACCCAAGGAUGCGAUGAGGUCGUUGAAGCGACGACUGGAGAACAAAAAUCCAAAUAUACAGUUGGCGACAUUGAAGUUAACGGAUACGUGUGUAAAGAAUGGUGGAACUCACUUCCUUGCCGAAAUCGCCUCCCGCGAAUUUAUGGAUAAUCUCGUCUCCCUUCUCAAGGCGGAGGGCGCCCCGCUGAAAACCGAAGUGAAAGAGAAGAUACUAGAGCUGAUUCAGGACUGGGCUAUGGCGGCUCAAGGCCGUAUGGAUCUGAGUUAUGUUGGAGAUACCUAUCGAAGACUGCAGGAUGAAGGUUUCCGGUUUCCCCCUAAAACUCAAAUGAGCGGUAGUAUGCUGGAGAGUAGUGCGCCUCCCGAGUGGAUUGACUCCGAUGUCUGUAUGCGCUGUCGUACGCCAUUUAGUUUCAUGAACCGCAAGCAUCACUGCCGAAAUUGCGGAAAUGUCUUCGAUGCCCAGUGCUCCAGCAAGACGCUUCCCUUGCCUCACCUGGGAAUAUUGCAGCCAGUUCGUGUCGACGAUGGGUGUUACACCAAAUUAACCGCCAAGCCAUUUCAACCAUCCGGAUUAUCGGACAGAUCUGCGUUCAAGAAUCACUCAAUCACAAAAUCCAAUGCAAUGGAACCCCGAACGGCUCGGGCAGAAGGGGGCUUUGAUGACGAUUUACGUCGGGCUUUACAAAUGAGCCUAGAGGAGGCUCAGAAAAAGGGGUCAGCCGGCUACGUCCGGCAAUCUCAGAUUGCCAAAGAACCGCCCAAGACGUCAGGCCCAUCAAAAACCGAAGAAGAGGAGGAUGCGGAUUUGAAAGCGGCUAUUGAGGCUUCCCUGCGUGACAUGGAACAGCAUAAGCAAAAACAUGCGGCGGCUUUGAAGAACACAACCGCAACACAUACCUCCUCGUUUCAAGAUGCUCCGACUGCUACAACUCUACCUAAAAAUCCGUACGAGCUUAGUCCCGUUGAGGUUGAAAACAUUCACCUUUUCGCCGCUCUCGUUGACCGAUUACAACAUCAACCACCAGGAACCAUUUUGCGCGAACCACAGAUCCAGGAGUUAUAUGAGAGCAUCGGUACGCUGCGCCCGAAGCUUGCACGCAGUUACGGUGAAACCAUGAGCAAGCACGACACGCUACUUGAUCUACAUGCUAAGCUAUCUACGGUUGUCCGAUAUUAUGAUCGUAUGUUAGAGGAGCGUCUCUCUAGUGCCUAUUCGCAACACUCGUUAGGGUAUGGACCUGUUCCCGGCGCCGCGCAAUACCCAAAUAUCUACCCUUCAAUGCCUUCACAAACAUCCGAUGGGAAACCCGGGGCCGAAAACUUUUAUUUUGGCACUCCGGUUGCCGAGAAGCCGAGACCGUCGGAUACCCCUUAUACCCAAUAUCCACUGGAAAGGGAGAUUCAUGAAAGGGUUGGCCCACGCAGCGGUGCUAUAAGCCCCAGCAUGUAUCCGCCGCAGUCGGCCCAGUCCCUACCGCAUAAUCAACCUUGGAGUGGUAACGCUCAGAUUGCAUCUCCAGGGCCGCCGAGCUCCAACCCACCUUUCCCCAGCAAUCAUCCUGUCUAUCCUGGGCAUGCAGCCUCGACGCAAUUCUAUGCACCUCCCACCCAGGAGCCAGGCCCGCAGCCAUAUCAGUCUCCCCAUCAGGGGGAUACGGACCCGACAUCCCAACCAUCUCCCGUCACGCGACGCAACUCCCAGUUCCAACUAGUAGGACCUCCUGCUGCUGUCCCAAGUGCACCAGAACAACCUCCCUCGAUGGACACUGGCCCAUCUCCUGCGUAUAUGCAGUUGGCAGAAUCCCAACCGGUGCAACCUAACGGCCGGCCUGGACUUCAGCGUCCUCCUGCAGAACCACAAUUCCAAUCAUACUACUAUCAACAGCAACAGCCUCCGUCCGGGCCUCCACAAACUUCGUACCCGCAGGGUACACAAGCGUUUCAUAGUACAUACUCUGUCGGGGACGUCUCUCCGAUUGCGGGACAUCCGUCCCCGGCGCAGUACCAGCAGCCACCAGCAGCUCGGCCAGCAGCGGAGGAGAGUCUGAUUGAGCUUUAA